AUGACAUCUGCUCAAUUGAAACCACUACUCAAGAAAAGAACCUCAAUCAAAUCCUCAAUUGGUUCAAUUAGUAAUUAUGUCAAGAAGUUCAAUAAAACUACCCAAUCUAUCCGUCAACUUCAAAUUCGACUUACUUCUUUAAACCAAUACAUCAGUGAUUUUAAUAUCGUUCAACAAAACAUCCAAGAUCUUGAUUUAGGGGAAGAAGAAGAACCUGAGCGAUUGGAGUUUGAGGAUAACAAUUUCACACUACUUGCCAUAAUGGAAGACCUCAUCGCUGAGGCUAGCGUCAAUCAGGUUCAAAAUGACCCUCAUACUUCAAAUGCUCUUAAGGGAACAUCUUUAAAAUUGCCAAUGAUUCAACCACCAACUUUUAAUGGCAAUCUGGAAGAUUGGCCAUCAUAUAUUGAUACUUUCAAUUCAUUAUUUCACAACAACCCAGAGAUAGAUGAUGUACUACGCUUUCACCAUUUGAAAUCAGGCUUAUCUGGUCAUGCUGCUGACAUUGUCAAGAACUUUUCUAUUACAGCAGAAAACUACAGUGUGGCUUAUGGUGAACUGGUACGUCAAUAUGAAAAUAAAGGCUUAACAAUACAAAGUCACAACCGAGCUCUUCUCCAGACACCAAAGGUCAACUGUCCGUCGGCCAUUGAACUCAGAAAUUUACAUCACCAUGUAGCGUCUCACGUCCGUGCUCUUGAGGCUCUGGGACAGCCAGUAAACCAUUGGGAUGCAUGGCUUGUAACGCUAAUCUGUAGUCAACUCGAUGUAACUACUGCAGGUGAAUGGCAGCUUCGCCAGGAUCAUAAAGAAUUACCUUCGUAUAAAGAAAUAGAAUCGUUUCUUUCUAAGCGUGUAAUUGCUUAUGAAGUCGGUCUGGUAUCAAACCCCACGACGGAAAAACCAGUGCGCUCCAAGGUGAACAAUACCAGCAAAACAUUUUUUACUCGUCCUACUGAUGGCAAAGUGUACAAAUGCCCCAUAUGCACGCAGCAACAUAGAAUUUAUUCGUGUGAGCGAUUCAACCAAAUGUCCAUCGCCGACCGAAAAAAUGCUGUGUUGAAUGCAAGGUUAUGCUUUAAUUGUUUAAAUUUUGGACAUCAACUUAAAGAUUGUCGGUUAUCAUCCUGUCCAAAAUGCAAUCAACGACACAAUUCGAAACUACAUGAUAAUACACAGUCCUCUGACACAUCAAAACAACCAGUCUUGUCUGAACACUCUGAACCGUCCAAUGAUAAGCCUUCUCAAGUAGCUGUACCAUUCUCAGGCGCUGUCAAUGUACAAGAGUCUAAUUCAAAGCUAAAUAUAAUGUUGUCAACCUCGCUAAUAAAUGUUCAAAGCAGAGAUGGAAACUGGCAAAAGUGCAGAGCUGUCUUGGAUUCUGGCUCGCAGCUUAAUUUCAUCACUCAAGAGUGUGCCAAGAGACUAGGACUAAAUCGUUCCAAUGGUGCACAGCAAUGUAUCUCUGGUGUGGGCACGAUGGCAUCCUCAGUUUCACACUCAUAUUCAUCAGUUAUUUCUUCCCGGGUCUAUGAACACCAGUUAAACGCUACUCUGUACUCAUUACCUGCAAUAGUAAAUGCACUACCGUCUCAUAGGAUUGAUCGAAGCAAAUUGAUUUUGCCCAAGCACAUCAAUGAUGAACUUGCUGACCCGAAUUUCCAUGAACCAGGUAUUAUUGACUUAUUACUUGGAUCAGAAGUAUUCUUUAAUGUAUUAGGCAAUGAGAAAUGGAUUCUCUCUGACCAUGCGUCAUUACAUCUCACACAAUUUGGCUGGAUAGUGGCAGGGAAGCUGCCAAUUGUCCAUCAAUGCAAUUUACCACCUUCAAUCAACAUGUGCUCCAGAUCAGCGUUUUCGUUUUUCGCCACUAAGGCUACUCAGCGCUCAUCAGAAGAAACCGAAGCCGAAAAUCACUUUGUAUCAACAUUUAGGCAAAACACUGACGGUCGAUUCUUAGUCAAACUACCAUUGCAACAAGAUCCAAGGGUCCUUGGCGAUUCUUGUGCAAUGGCUCGAAGGCGUUUUUUUAAUCUUGAAAAACGAUUUGCUAAGGAUCCUUCACUCGCAAUACAGUAUAAAUUAUUCAUGGAUGAGUAUUUAGAGCUAGAUCACAUGGAACUUGUCAAUGAAGCCACUGAUUUCCCUGUAUACUAUUUGCCACACCAUGCUGUGUUCAAGGCUGACAGCUCGACAACUAAGAUGAGAGUGGUAUUCGAUGGUUCAGCUGCUGCUUCUUCUGGACUUUCAUUAAAUGACAUAUUGUUAAAAGGUCCAAAGGUGCAACCAGACAUCAUAAAAAUACUGUGGCGUUUCCGUUUAUUUAAUACAGUCAUUACCGCAGAUGUUGCGAAAAUGUACAGGCAGGUGUUGAUGUCUCCUGAUGAUAGUGAAUUGCAACGAAUUCUAUAUAGAGCAAGUCCUGAUCAACCGUUGAAACAUUACAAGCUAAAAACAGUAACAUAUGGCACUAAAUCAGCGUCAUUUUUGGCUACUCGCUGUCUGGUGCAACUCGCCAAAGAAUGUAAUGAUCCACAGAUAAAAAGAGUUAUCGGGCAGGAUUUUUAUGUUGAUGAUCUCAUCAGUGGAGCUCAAUCUGAACUCGAGUGCUUUGAAAUAUACAACCAACUGCAAGCAAGACUAGGGAAGGCUGGUUUUGUUCUUAGAAAGUGGUGUUCAAAUUCCAAAGUAAUGUUGGAACGCAUUCCUAAUGCCCACGAUGAUCCUAAUUUUAUGGUGGCAUUAAGUGAAAAUGAUCUAAUCAGCACUCUGGGUCUCAUGUGGCAACCUACCGCUGACAGUUUUCGGUUCACUUUGAAAAAUUGGUCACGACCACUGUCCAUGACUAAGCGCAGUCUUCUUUCAGACAUUAAUAGCGUGUAUGACCCAAUUGGUCUAAUUAGCCCUGUCUUGAUAAAAGGAAAGAUUUUCAUUCAGCAACUCUGGAGUUUAAAAAUGGGCUGGGAUCAAGUGUUGUCAGAAGAUUUGCAAUCCAGAUGGUCCAAUUUUUAUUCGAAUUUGCAGACUCUUGAUUCCUUAUCCAUAACCCGUCAAGCAGUAUGCAACCAAAACUCACCAAUUCAAAUACACGGCUUCUGUGAUGCGUCUCAAGAGGCUUAUGGUGCUUGCGUAUAUCUGCGUUCCAUAGAUCAUAAUGAUUGUAUUCAUGUCACUCUGUUUACGUCCAAAUCUAGAGUUGCACCUAUUCAGCCAACAACUAUCCCACGACUCGAACUAAGUGGUGCGCUUCUACUAGCAGACCUAGUCACUGAAGUUAAGGCCGAGUUGAAGUUAUUAGGCAUCCAAGUAGAUACGUCCUCCACAUAUUUUUGGUCUGAUUCUACUAUUGUAAUCGCGUGGAUAAAAAGUCGAAGUUUGUUCCAAGCAUAUGUUGCAAACCGAUUAAGCCGAAUAUGUGAUGUUUCAGAGCCAGAGCAAUGGUAUCAUGUGUCAACACAAGACAACCCAGCAGAUCUUAUAACCCGUGGGACUGAAGCUAAAACAUUUUCUCAGUGCACUUUAUGGUGGAAAGGACCCAAAUGGCUCAGUGCUGCCAUCAAGAUAGAGCCUGUAGUCAGUCAACUAACAAAUGAAGAGUUACCAGAAUUAAGGACGGUAAAAUUAAUUCUGGCUAACACAAUUCAAAGUAAUGACAUUUUUGAUCGGUUUUCCAAUUGGACAAAAUUGAUUCGAGUAACCGGCUGGUUGAGUCGUUUUAUACAAAAUGCAAAGCACAAAGUUAGGCAGUCACGUUCAUAUGGUCCUUUAUCAGUGGCAGAAUUGUCAGCUGCGCAGAACAUUUGGCUACGCUAUGCACAGUUGGAUUUUUCCGAAGAGCUGGAACACUUGCAAAAACACAUGCAAGUAGCCAUGAAAAGUCGCAUUAAAUCAUUAAACCCUUUCAUUGACAAGGACGGGAUUAUACGAGUUGGUGGAAGAUUAGCAACAUCCACACUAUCAUAUCAUCGUAAGUUUCCUAUAAUACUCCCUUCUAAACAUAGAGUUACGCAAUUAUUAUUUGUACACGAGCAUCUGAGGCUUCUUCAUGCAGGUCCUCAAGCACUAGUAGCAAGUCUGCAAACUAGUUUUUGGCCUCUACGAGCGCGUGACAUGGCCCGCUCAACUGUACGAAAAUGUGUCACUUGUUUUAAAUAUCGUCCAAGAUUCUCAGUUCCAUUAAUGGCUUCGCUACCCAGGGAACGGGUCUCCAUUGAGCGACCAUUUAAUCGCAGUGGCGUGGAUUUUUGUGGACCAAUUCUGAUCAAGAGCGGUAUCAGACGAGUCACAGCAAUCAAAUGUUACAUUUCUGUCUUCAUAUGUUUUACAACUCGUGCUAUUCAUCUUGAAUUAGUGACAAAUCUAACAACAGAUGCCUUUCUUGCAGCUUUAACUCGCUUCAUGUCAAGAAGGGGUGUAUGUUCGCAUAUUCAUAGUGACAAUGCCACAAAUUUUGUAGGCGCUAAUAAAGUUCUUAGGCAAUUUUUUCAACAAAGUCAAAAUAGUAAAUCUGUAGUAGAUGAAAUGGCUAGUAAAGGAGUACAGUGGCACUUCAUCCCGCCGUCUGCGCCUCACUUUGGUGGACUAUGGGAGGCUGCAGUGAAAUCAGCAAAAAGGCACUUGAUUAAAGCAACAAAGGGAGCUCUACUAAAUUUUGAAGAAAUGGGAACGUUGCUCUGUCAAAUUGAAUUAAUCGUAAAUUCCAGACCAUUAACUACUUGUUCCAGUGAACCUAGCGAUCAUGAAGCCUUAACUCCGAACCAUUUUCUGGUUGGCGGUCCUGCAACACUUCCACAACAGCCAGAUGUCUCCACCGUUCUACAAAAUCGAUUAAAGCGGUUUGAGCUCAUGCAGCAGCAGAUGCAGUUGUUCUGGAAACGCUGGAGUUUGGAAUAUUUACCACAGCUUCAACGGAGGGGACGUUGGACCACGCUAAGCCGCAACAUGGAAAUUGGAGACUUAGUAAUAAUGAAAGAGGACAAUGCAGCUCCAUUGCAUUGGAAGCUUGUUCGAGUGGUUGCCACGCAUCCAGGAGUUGACGGGAUAGUUAGGGUAGUAACUGUGAAGCUCAGUUCAGGAGUUCGGUUGAAAAGACCAGUUGCUAAGCUUGCAUUAUUGCCCAAGCCAACCGAGGAAGAGGACAGCUCAACAUUACCAUCGUCCUCAGAAUAG